AUGGAUCAUUCUCAUCCCAUUUCUUUCUUGCUUAAUAACUCUUAGGAUCUAAAUCACUUGGCUUACUAUUUUAUUCCCACAAUACAACUUAAUUUUGUUGUAGUUCCACAUAGGCAAUUUGCUUAAAAUGCUGAAAUGCAAUUACUGAUACAAUUAUCACUUUAACAUUAUUAAGUUGAAUCACAAUAUGACUUACUUGAAGAUCCACAAAUACAAUCUGAUGUAACUCCACCUGAACAUGCUUAUUUACAAGUUCCUGAAGAUGCAGUUAUAUCAGCACAAAAAGUGGUUGAAGUACAACUUAAUUUUGUUGAAGUUCCACAUAGGCAAUUUGCUUAAAAUGCUGAAAUGCAAUUACUGAUACAAUUAUCACUUUAACAUUAUUAAGUUGAAUCACAAUAUGACUUACUUGAAGAUCCACAAAUACAAUCUGAUGUAACUCCACCUGAACAUGCUUAUUUACAAGUUCCUGAAGAUGCAGUUAUAUCAGCACAAAAAGUGGUUGAAGUACAACUUAAUUUUGUUGAAGUUCCACAUAGGCAAUUUGCUUAAAAUGCUGAAAUGCAAUUACUGAUACAAUUAUCACUUUAACAUUAUUAAGUUGAAUCACAAUAUGACUUACUUGAAGAUCCACAAAUACAAUCUGAUGUAACUCCACCUGAACAUGCUUAUUUACAAGUUCCUGAAGAUGCAGUUAUAUCAGCACAAAAAGUGGUUGAAGUACAACUUAAUUUUGUUGAAGUUCCACAUAGGCAAUUUGCUUAAAAUGCUGAAAUGCAAUUACUGAUACAAUUAUCACUUUAACAUUAUUAAGUUGAAUCACAAUAUGACUUACUUGAAGAUCCACAAAUACAAUCUGAUGUAACUCCACCUGAACAUGCUUAUUUACAAGUUCCUGAAGAUGCAGUUAUAUCAGCACAAAAAGUGGUUGAAGUACAACUUAAUUUUGUUGAAGUUCCACAUAGGCAAUUUGCUUAAAAUGCUGAAAUGCAAUUACUGAUACAAUUAUCACUUUAACAUUAUUAAGUUGAAUCACAAUAUGACUUAUUUGAAGAUCCACAAAUACAAUCUGAUAUUACUCCACCUGAACAUGCUUAUUUACAAGUUCCUGAAGAUGCUGAAAUAUCAACACAAAAAGUUGUAUUUUAGCACUCUAAAUUAUCAUUUCCACAUCCACAACUAUUUGAAUUUAAAUUGGAGCUGCAUUUUGCCUUGCAUAUUCCAGUUCCUGCAUUUACAUCAAAACAAUAUUGGGUAGUCCCACAAAAUGUUUAUAUGGAUGUUCCACAUAAGCAAUUUUAUUUCUUUGAAGAACUACAAGCCUAAACUUAACAUUUUAAAUUGAUCCAUUCAUAUGGCGCAACACAAUUAUUUUCUUCUACAAAAAGUAUGGGAUAGCAGUAAUCACCUUAAAGUAUACAUCCAACAUUGCUAGAGCAGUUUGUACUAUCUUUUCCUCCACAGUUUAUACAUUAAUUUUAAUCAUUAAGACCACAUCCAACUUGCAAACAUGAAUUUAUGGCAAUAGUGCUACACUAUUGGCAUGUUUCAUUUAACCAUCCACAUAUAUUCUAACAGUUUCCCUCAUCCCAAUCUGAGCAUGUAUAACAGCCACCUUCUGACCACCAACCACACCCAGCACUAGAAUCACAUUCUGCUGCAAUUGAACUAUCACAACCUGCUGUUGCUUCUUUAAUAAUCAAAAACUAAAGAACUAGAGGAAUCAAAGAUGAUUGUUAGAGUUUUAUUUUCAUAUUAGGAUUUUUUUGA